AUGGGGAGCCUCAGCUCCUUGCCAGCAGCCAGAGGGAGCUGUGGGCUCCGAGUUCCGCCACCUGUCAACAGCCCCAUGACUUAUUCCUAUGGCAACAUGGCUUAUGACUACGGCAUGACACGCAUUGUGGGUGGCACAGGUGCUGCGGAAGCAGAAUGGCCCUGGAUCGUCAGCAUCCAGCACCCCUGGGUACCAGGCCUCGGACACUGGUGUGGAGGGUCCCUCAUCACUGCAGAUUGGGUCCUCACAGCAGCCCACUGCUUCGACAAGUUUGAUAACAUCAGCCUGCUGUACGUGGUGAUUGGGGCCACGCAGUUGACUCGGCCAGGCCCUGGGGCACAAGUGCGCAGCGUCAAGCAGGUGGUGAUACACAGUGACUACAGGCGUAGCGACUACAGCUACGACAUUGCCCUGAUGCAAUUGGACCGUCCUGUCCUGUGCAGCUCCUACAUCCAGCUGGCCUGUUUGGCUGACCCCAACCUAAUAGUCUCAGCCCUGCACAACUGCUGGAUUGCUGGCUGGGGUGUCACUACGGCAAGAACACCCAUUGUAUGGCACAAGGGUUACAAGGUUCUCCCUGUGCCUGUCACCAAAACCUUCAAGCAGAGACUCGAGCUUCUCCACCUCACAAUUUAUGGGGGCCUCUACAACUCCUCUGUGGCCUCUUAG